GCCACAGCUCGACGACAGCGACUCUUCCUCUCACAAUUCAGCAACAACAACAACAGCAACACAACAACAAAUCAAAAAUGACUACCUGCACUCUCCUCAAGAUCGCCGAGACUGUCAGCAAGAGCUGCCCCGGAAACAGUGAAAUGCGCAAGCUCCAACCCGGCUUCAAGCCAUCCUCCCUCGAUGUGAUCUGCAAGCGCGGAAAGACCGCUUACAACCACAACUUGCACUUUCGUGAGUUGAUCGAGACGCACCUUGACAAAUACGCCAAUGCUUCCUCCAAGUUGGAAAAGUCUUUGGUUGUUUCCGAUGUGGUCGAGACCAUCCGAAGAGGAAGCCCCGACGGAGGCUUUGUUCGCGAGGUCGACGGUGUCUGGUGCGAAGUGGGAGAUGCCAUUGCCCGCGAAAAGUGCGGAGGAGCCUUCCGUGAUCAGCUCUCCCACAAGUACAAAUCCUCCUGCGAAAACAAGAAGAAGCGUCGUCAGGCUAAGGAACAAAAGAAGGAACAACAGCCACCCAAGAAGGAAGAAAAAAUCGCCAAGAGAGCGGCCGAACCAACCACAGAAGAAGCACCCAAGAAGCGCCAACGAGUCGAGCCAACUACCACUGUUUCUGCUCCUCUUCCUCCAUUGAGCCCCAAGAGCACCAAAGUCUUGUGCGCCUUUGGAGAUCUUCUCAAAGACAUUGCUUCCCGCAAGGAACAACUUGUCAACACUGAAGCUGUUCCCCUUCCAUUCAUCACCGUCAAGGCUCCCACCCUCCCUCCUCCGGCUCGCUUCCCUUCUGCUCCACGGGCUGCCGCCGUCGCCCGAGGCUGCUCCAUCGAAUCCAUGUUGUCCUUCGACCUCAACGAGAUGCCAGAAGUCGAUGAAUUCGACCUGGGACUUGCUCGAUUCACUUCAGUCUCCUCCGCAUUCUCCUUCUCCUUCAGCCCGGCCUUUUAAAAUCGGGACAAACAACUCUCUACUACGACUCUUGUACUAUAUACAUUACUUAUUCCAUUAAAACCAAUAGAAUCCUCCUUAUCAAUC